CAAAGAGCGCAAAGAUAUCUUCCAGUGCGCGCGCAUCAGUGGUGACGCGGAGCCAACGCGGUUGAUGUCGCAUUGCAUGUUUAUGAGAUUAGAAUUAACCGCAGGCAGAGUAUAACGGAGCAAUUCUUUCUCCGAUGAAUACUUCUUUUAUACCACCAAGCCCAACGCUAGAGAGUUUGUAACCCCCGAAGCGGAGGAAGGCCGGAGGAUCGAGCGUCCGUCUCCGUCUCCUUUGUCAAAUGGCACCGAAGCCCAUAUCGAGCCCGGUCCCUGUCGCCUGGUAUCCGUCGCUGGCUGUGCUGAUGCUUUCGGUCGGUCUCCUCGUCACCGCCUCUUUCUUCAUGGUUUGCAUGUUAUUUGAUGUGAAGCCUUGCCAUCACUUAUUUGGCGGGAAUCCAUUCAUGAGAUCCGAGACAGAGCGCUAUGAAGCUACUUCAUCCAGACGGAACCGUAGCCUAUCAAAGGAGAUCGCAACUGGAGCUGUGGCCUCUGUUUUCUUGGGUUUUGGAUCUCUGUUCUUGCUCCUUGCAACUGGUGUCUAUGUUUGAUACCAGAAUUCAACCAAAGUGCAGCUCAAAGUUCUUUAAGAACAAAAAAAAUUUUGAUUAUUCAACAUACUAGUUGGGUUUAUGCCUACUAUUUGGAAUUUGAGGAUCCCUUUUCUGGAUCCGAAAUGCAAGACACGCCAGCAUAAGUUAAUCUGAAGAAAUUUUGUUUCAAUUUUUAGAUGCA